UAUAGCGUCAUUGGUUGUAAGUGGCGCGCGUGUGUCUACGUAACGUCCGAUUUUCGUAAUCACUCCGCGACAGUCACUCAGGCCUUCAGCAGCGCGUCGAUUCCAGAAAUGGCUCCAUCACCCACCAAGCGGAAGGAGGAGGACAAAACCAAAGAACGAGGCAAAGAGAAGACGGGAGUGAAGGACGGGGAGAAGGAGCGAGGACGAGACAAAGUGAAGAAACGUCGCAGCGCCUCCACCGGCAGCAGCAGCAGCAGGUCCAGCUCCACCUCCAGCAGCAGCUCUGGUUCCAGCUCCGGUUCCUCCAGUGGAUCCAGUUCUUCUGGUUCCAGCCACUCUGGUUCUUCCAGCUCCCGGUCCUCAUCCUCCUCCAGCUCCUCAGGUUCUCCCAGUCCCAGCCGCAGACGCCACGACAACCGGCGUCGCUCCCGCUCAGCCUCUAAAACACAGAAGAGGAGCGACGACAAGGAGCGCCGGAAAAGAAGCCCGAGUCCCAAACCCACGAAAGUCCACCUGGGCCGCCUGACCAGGAACGUGACCAAGGACCACAUCCAGGAGAUCUUCUCUACUUAUGGGAAGAUAAAGAUGGUGGACCUCCCAAUGGAUAGGCUCCACCCACACCUGCCCAGAGGCCACGCUUACGUGGAGUUUGAGACCCCUGAGGAGGCCCAGAAGGCCCUGAAGCACAUGGAUGGAGGUCAGAUCGACGGACAGGAAAUCACUGCUUCUGCUGUGCUGACUCAGCGGAUCCGUCCUCCGCCUCGCAGACCUUCUCCUCCUCGCCGGAUGCCUCCACCUCCACCCAUGUGGCGUCGCAGCCCACCACGCAUGAGGAGAAGGUCUCGCUCUCCCAGGAGGAGGUCUCCAGCUCGCCGUCGCUCUCGCUCCAGGUCUCCUGGUCGCAGACGUCACCGCUCGCGUUCCAGCUCCAACUCCUCCAGAUAGACGAUGUGCUACCUCCAGAGACCUUCUGAUCUCCUAGACUUUAGUUCCUGCUCCUCCAGACUUUAUGGACCCACCAGAACCUGAACGUCUGCGUGUAGACGGCAGAGGAGCAUUUUUAUGGAAAUGUUUGUUUUCUGAAUGAUGUUUCAGAGAUCCUCCAACAUUCUGUUUGAUCUUCUUCUUUUUACCAUGUAUUGAAUUUUUGGACAUUUUGAAAAAUAAAAAUGCAGAAACAUUUA